AUGAAUACCAGCAGCGAUUAUAAUGAUCUGAUCGACACUAACCAGUGUGUCAUCGAUGCACGAAGUAAAAAUCUCACGGAUAUCUACACAGCACCAGGUACACCAGAGUUUCUCUACGAUUCCGAGCAUAUAUUGCUAACCCGUAUCAUUCCAGCUACGAUUACAUGUCCGUUUGGUAUCAUACUCAACUGUCUGUUUCUCUACGUAGUAUUCAAAGUGUCAGCCAUGCGUACACUGACUAAUAUGUAUCUAUCGAACCAAGCCAUCGUAGACUGUAUGUUUCUAAGCUUAUACUAUAUAGUGCAGGUCGGUGAACCGUUGUCAACUGAUGUCGUACACGAUAAAAGUUUCCUAGGACCGGUUGGAUGUUUUAUUGUGAACAUUGCUCUAGAUAUUUGUCUCUUCGUCUCUGAGUUUAACAUCGUGUUGGUGACCUUCGAACGAUACAUGGCAAUUUGUAAACCGUUUACUUAUGAGAGAAUUAGUUCUAAGUCUCGCACAUUCGUACUUAUUUUACUUACAUGGAUUGUUGGCCUUGUGUUCUCCGCUCCGAUCUUCAAAUUUUAUAUUAAGUGGUACACUGUAUGUAUUAUAUGGCCGAAAAGUAACGAGACAAUUUCUCUACAGAUGUCGUAUUCCAAUUGCUUCGCCGGCGUCUGGACACCACUUGAUGGCAUAUUACACAGUUUGACGCCGAUAAUUGCAUUCGUUUUAGUAAUCACAAUAAUUAUUGUGCUCAAUGUGUUAACGACAAGAGAGCUGCAAAAAAGUGUGCGGAGAUAUUCAGUUAGUGCCCAUGAUUUGAAACAGAGGCUUCAUCAACAACGGCAGAUAGUGGUUAUGUUAGCGGUGACGGCGGGUGUGUUAUUCGUUUGCCUAUUGCCGUAUCAUUUAGAUCUGAUCAUCGGGUACUUAUACAACACAACACAUCCUAACAGUGUAAUCAUUAUGCCCCAGGCAUGGGAAGAGCUGGCUCGGUGGCUGCCGAUGGUGAAUUCCUCAGUGAAUCCCAUUGUUUAUGGAAUAUUGAACAAACAAUACAGACGGGCGUUUAUCAACACUCUUGGAUGCUGCGACAAUUGUCACGAGAAGGACAAACAGCAGGAUUACAUGAUGACAUCUGUCACCACUUGUACCACCACACGAAGUUCGAGCACAACUGAAACGACCUACAAAUUGAAGUCUAACUCACGGGUUCCUUUCAAUGAAAUACACUCUUAA